AUGAUGUGGUCUAACUUUUUCAUGCAAGAGGAGGACCGGCGGCGGCGGGAGGCUGCGAGCCGCCGGCGUGCUCAGGGGCAGCACCAGCUGACGCCCGAGCGGGAGGGAAAGAUCAAGCUAGGGCUCCUGCUGAGCGCCGUGGGCGCCACGCUGGCCGUGCUGGCCGUGGGCACCGAGUUCUGGGUAGAGCUCAACACCUACAAGACCAAUGGCAGUGCCAUCUGCGAGGCCGCCCACAUGGGGCUGUGGAAGAUGUGCACCAAGCGGCUGUGGCAGUCCGACGUGCCUGCGGGCAGAGACACCUGCGGCCCCGCGGAGCUGCCCGGAGAAGCAAACUGUACCUAUUUUAAAUUCUUUACCACGGGGGAAAAUGCACGCAUCUUCCAGAGAACUACAAAGAAAGAAGUGAAUCUGGCAGCUGCAGUGAUAGCGGUCCUAGGCUUGGCAGUCAUGGCCUUGGGGUGCCUCUGUGUCAUCAUGGUGCUCAGCAAAGGUGCAGAGUUCCUACUCCGAGUUGGAGCCGUCUGCUUUGGCCUCUCAGGCCUGCUGCUCCUGGUCAGCCUGGAGGUGUUCCGGCAUUCCGUGCAAGCCCUCAUGCGGAGAGUCAGCCCUGAGCCUCCCCUUGCCCCCGCCCUGACCUACGAAUACUCCUGGUCCCUGGGCUGUGGGGUGGGGGCCAGCCUGGUCCUGCUGCUGGGGGGCGGCUGCUUUCUCCUGCUCACCUUACCUCCCUGGCCCUGGGGCUCACUCUGCCCCAAGCAGGGGCACAGGGCCGCCUAGAACCACCUCUGUGCCUUGUGCAAGCUACUUCUAAUCCCU